UUACGUCAACAGAAAGCACAGUUGAAGAACCAGUUACGUCAAUUGAAAGCACAGUUGAAGAACCAGUUACGUCAACAGGAAGCACAGUUGAAGAACCAGUUACGUCAAUGAAAGCACAGUUGAAGAACCAGUUACGUCAACAGGAAGCACGGUCGAAGAACAAGUUACAGUCGAAGAGCCAGUUACUUCAACAGGAAGCACAGUCAAAGAACAAGUUGGCCCAGCAACGCACAGGCUUGGAACCUGACGUUGCAGCAGAACAAAGCACACUCGAAGAGCCAUUGACCACAGCAACUCGAACCACAACAAAGGAACCGCGGAAUGAACACACGAGCGUCGCAGGAAACACUGACGUCGCCGAGAGGGAGGAAACGGCACCAAAGGACGCAAGGAGGACACGAGGACAAACUGCACCGGAAGCAGCGGUUAAGGGCCAACGGAACGAAGAAAAGGGGAUCCUGAAGCCCCCUCCGCCAAUAAGGGUCCCUCCACCGAAGCCCCCGAGACUCAACCCGAAGCUCCUCAAGACGUCUCGGAAGGAGGGUGCGGAGUCGAGCCUCGUGGAGCUUUCGGAGCCUCGAGGACAAGCGCUUCAGGAAGUGGAAGUGCAAGAUCGGAGAGAAAAUGAGAGGGAAGGAAAAACUGGAGAUCGGAAUAGUGGCGGAAAGGCAAAGACUGAGGACGUGAAUAGGAGAGACGAUCAGAGGAAAGGAAAUACGGAAGAACAGAAAGAAGAGGAGUUGGAGGAAAGCAAAGAGGAGAAAGGGGAGAAGAAAAAAGAAGACGAGGGGGAGAAGAAUCAGGAGGCAGAGAGAGCAGAAAGAGAAAAGGAAAUGGAGGGCAGUAAUAGAAUGUAUGUAGAAAAGAAUGGAGGGAAGCAAAAGAGAAACUGCAAACGGAGACGACAGAGGAAAUCAAAGAAUCGGAGAGAGAAGAUACAGAAGAGGAAGUCGAAGAAGCCGGAGGAAGAGAAGCCGCGCGAGGGACAGAAGGCGGUCUCGACAGCGACGAGGAGGACGCGCCGAGGGGAGGGGCGGCGCGCGAGGCCACGGAGGGCGGCAGGGCGAUGCCUCCCAAGGCGCCGAGUCCUUCGCGGGGCUUCCUGGCUCCGCUGGCGAGGCUGCCGAGGCGUCGAGCCAAGAAGAAGGCGCUCGUCGUCCCCUUCGUGGGCGCCAGGGAGAGCACGCGAGAGGCCUUUGCGGCUGCCCAGGAAGAGGAAGCUGUUCCGCAGUCUAAGGUCUGGAAGCCGAAGAAACCUCCUCGGCCCAGCCUGUGCGAGGCUUCCCAACGAGACUUGGAAAAGGACCAGACCCUGUGUGGCAAGCACCAACUGCCGCUGAGCUUCUACUGCGCCACCUGCAUGGAAGUCAUCUGCCGGGACUGCACGGUCGUAACACACCCGCAGGACCACAAGAUCCUGGAUACUGCCGACGCCCUUGCUAAGCUCCGCACCAGCGCCGUCACCCUCCUGCGGCACUACACACUCGUGCGGUCCUUCCACACGUCCCUCUCCGCCGCCCUCGAGAUGUACAUCGCCAACAACCCAACUAUGACCCCCACCGGCAUGGAAAUCGCCGACCGCCUGAAGAUCGAGAACAGAGAUUACCUGCAGCAGGCGGUGAAGGAGGCGGAGGUCCUGGUGGAGAGCGAGGGCAACCUGCGCCGCCUCAGCACGAAGGUCCGGGAGUGGGAGGCCCGUCAGGAGGACUGGAGCGGCGUGGUGUUCCUGGCGCUGCGGUGCCACCUCCUGGCCGGCUAUACAUCGGCCAGUGAUAAAGUCUUUUUGAGAAUGGGGGAUUGGGUGAUAGCUACCCCUUGGAUCUAUCUACGACACCUUCUAGAACCUUAUCUUCCCGGAAACGAUACCACAGAUGCAUCUAAUCCUAAUCUGCAUUCUAAACAGACUUCAAAGAGUUCGCCAAGUGUUCGCAAGCCGGCCAGCCCCCCAAGUCCGAGUCCCAGAGGCCGCGAAAAGACAUUCCCCCACAAUGCCCGCCAGAUGGUGCUGAACAAUCUCCUGCCUUACGUCAUCUUCAACCCGGAGAUAAGGUACUUCCUCCAGAUCAGCGACCUGCGCGACACGGAGGUGACGCUGGUGGUGGAGCCCUCCGGCGAGCACAUCCGCGAGUACCUGACGCGGCGCCACCACGCGGCCACGCUCUCGCCCCGGACGCUGCGCAGGAACAGGGCCGCCCUCGCCGACGACGCGCUCAACAUCGUCGAGAAGCAGUUCAUGAUGGGGGGGCGUCACAGGUCCCGGCUGGUGGGGUCGUACAUGGUCGUGGAGGGAGGACACGGCCCCGGGGGGAGGGAGGCAGGGACAGCCGUGCAGCGCAUCGUCAAGGUCAGCCUCCCCGACGUGACGGUCGUGGACGGCGGGCGGGGCCUCCCUUCCGUCGGCUACAGGAAGAUAAAUCAAGGGGACAUCAUGCUCGACAACGACGUUACGGGCAGACCCGUCUUGAGCGUAGCCUUGAGGGACAUCUUCGACGUCUCCGCCUUCCGCCUCGGCCACGUCACGCGGGGGCUCGACGGCCUCACCUACCUCAUCGAGGCCGAAGAGCACCGCAAAGCCGAGGCGUCGGGCCUCCGGGCGAAGAUCCUGGCGACGGUGCGGCGGGAGGAGGAGGCCGUCUACCAGGUCACCCUCGGCAUGGACAUCUGAACGGCAGUGCUCGGAGAAUACAAAGAUAAACACGAGAGAGACGAAAACGGACGAGGAAAGUCCGUCAGAUUAGAGGUGGAAAUGAGAGAUAAAGAGAGGAAAUAUAUAACCAAAAUAAGCGGAAUUCCUCUUUCUGAGAACGGGCGAUCUGUCUCGUGAAAAAAUGAUCUAAUCAAUCUUAUCUUGUACGAAGUGUAAACAUGUAAAUAUUUGUAUUUCGUAAUGUCACCGAAAGCCAAUCAAUCUCCAAAUAAACGAAUAUAUAAAACUGUAAAUAAAUGUAUAGAAAAAAUAAUCAAAUAAUAGCAUAAUAAUUUUGCGUUCACUUAAAGCAGUGCUUCCUGUAUAAUCAGCUGAUUGGCUGAUAUGAAAUAUUCGGAGAAGUAUUUUUUCUUUGUUUUUACAAUCAUACAAGAUAUAUCCGUUGUACAAUUACCUUUUCCUCAUAAAGCAUAAUCACCUUUGUCAUAAGAACCUCAUUCCAAAUUAUGUUAUCGUCUAUUUUGUCUAAGAAUGAAAACUUGUUUAAAUGUAAUUUGUAUUGCGUUAGUUGUUGUUUAUUUAUUAAAGUUUGCGAAAAAUUA